AUGGAAUCCAGAAUGAUCCAUAAAGUUAAGCAUCGAACUAAUAAGAGAACGCAAAUACCAGUGAAGGACACAAAAGCUUUCACAUCAUGUGGGGUGAAAGUUGUUACUGAUAAGAAUUGCUUCUCUCAGUCCACUGCAAAAGAGGUAUCUUCAAAGUACAAAGUGGAUAAGUUUGACCUUAGAGAUCAAGAAUGGACAGAAAAAAUUUCAUCGUGUCCUGUAUACCGUCCAUCAGAGAUGGAGUUCGAGGAUCCUGUAAUUUAUCUGCAAAACAUUGCUCCUGAAGCUUCCAAAUAUGGAAUCUGCAAGAUUAUUCCUCCAAUAAAUGCUUCUGUUCCAGCUGACAUGGUACUAAUGAAAGAACUCAGAAACUUCAAGUUUGAAACUGUUCUGCAACCUCUUCGUCUGGCUAAAUGGGAUGUAAAUGACAAGGUCUCGUUCUAUAGGAGAGGAAGGAAAUAUACCUACCGUGAGUUUGAGAGAAUAGCAAACAAGUUGGCUCGUCGAUUUCCUUGUUCUUCAUUUAUUCCUCCUGAGUACAUGGAAAAGGUGUUCUGGCAUGAAUUGGCCCAUGGAAAGAAACGAACAGUUGAAUAUGGAGUCAAUGUUGAUGGCAGUGCCUUUUCAUGUGAUCCUAAUGAUCAGCUAGGGAAAAGCAAAUGGAACUUGAAGAUUCUGCCAAGGCUUCCAAAUUCCAUUUUGCGUUUGAUUGAAAGAGAUAUACCGGGAGUAACCCAUCCAAUGCUUUACAUUGGAAUGCUAUUUGGUAUGUUUGCAUGGCAUGUGGAAGAUCACUAUCUAUACAGCAUUAAUUAUCAUCACUCUGGUGCGCCAAAGACUUGGUAUGGCGUCCCUGGUCAUGCAGCUCUUCAGUUUGAAAGGGUAGCCCAUGAUCAUGUGUAUUCUUGUGAUAACUUUUCGGCCAAUGGAGAGGAUGGUGCUUUUGAACUGCUUGCAGAAAAAACAACAAUGUUUCCUCCAAGCAUUCUCCUAGAACACAAUGUACCUGUGUACAAGGCUGUCCAGAUGCCUGGGGAGUUUGUUAUAACCUUUCCAAGAGCAUAUCAUGCAGGAUUUAGCCAUGGUUUUAACUGUGGUGAAGCAGUUAACUUUGCUAGUGGUGAUUGGUUCCCAAUGGGGGAGCUGGCUAGGCAACGUUAUGCUCUUCUUAACAAGAUCCCAAUGCUACCUUAUGAGGAACUUCUCUGUAACGAAGCAAUGCUUCUAUUCAAAUAUUCUAUGCAAAAAAAUUAUGGUGAUGAUACAUUCAAAGAUUCUGUCUCUCAACGUUCUGUUAAGGUUUCUUUUGUACGCCUCAUACAACUGCAUAAGCAGGUUCUUGAGCGCUUAGAAGUAUCAUCUACUUACCCACAUGCUCAAAGAACUCUAGUAUGCAGCCUCUGCAAGAGAGACUGUUACUUGGCAUAUAAUUUGUGCGAGUGGUGCUAUUCUGAUCCCAUCUGCCUUUUUCAUGGGAUUAAUUCACUUCAUUGUUCGUGUGGGAAUGAACGUACGAUUUUCCUGAGGGAGGACUUUUCAGCAAUGGAAGAUGCAGCUCAAAAAUUUGAGCAGGAAGAGGAAAUAUUGCUGAAGCUUCAGAAAGAAACAAAUUUUGGUGAUGACAUGCGACUGCAAUGA